AGGCCGGCCGGAAGCGGGGAAAGCCGAGCGCAGAGGAGGAGCGGCGUCGGGCGCGGCCGGAGCGCUUUGACGGUUGCACCGGCCAAGAUGGCGGAUCGGGAGGAGGCGUUGAGGGAGUUCGUGGCCGUGACCGGGGCCGAGGAGGAGCGAGCGCGCUUCUUCCUGGAGUCGGCCGGCGGGGACCUGCAGAUUGCUUUGGCCAGUUUCUAUGAAGACGGAGGUGAGGAAGACAUCAUUACACUUCCCCAACCAGCUGCCAGCUCGGUUACUAGAGGCACAGCACCAAGUGACCACAGGGUGACAUCAUUCCGAGACCUUGUCCAUGCUCAGGAAGAGGAGGAGGAAGAGGAAGAAGGACAAAGAUUUUAUGCCGGAGGUUCGGAGCGAAGCGGCCAGCAGAUUGUUGGUCCUCCGAGGAAGAAGAGUCCCAAUGAGCUGGUGGAGGAUCUGUUCCGGGGAGCAAAAGAGCACGGGGCAGUAGCGGUGGAGAGAACAGCGAAGAGCCCUGGAGAAGGCAGCCGGCCAAAACCCUUUGCUGGUGGAGGGUAUCGCUUGGGAGCUGCACCGGAGGAGGAAUCUGCUUAUGUUGCAGGAGAGAUGAGACAGAAUGCAGCCCAGGAUGUGCAUGUUGUCCUGAAGCUCUGGAAGAGUGGGUUCAGCCUGGACAACGGGGAGCUGAGGAGCUAUCAGGACCCCUCCAACUCCCAGUUCCUGGAAUCCAUCCGCAGGGGAGAGGUUCCUGCAGAGCUUCGGCGACUGGCACGUGGUGGGCAGGUGAACCUGGACUUGGAGGACCAUCGCGAUGAAGAUUUCGUGAAACCCAAAGGCACUUUUAGGGCUUUUACUGGAGAAGGACAGAAGCUGGGCAGGUGAGUGGACUAUGCGCAGAGAAA